AUGCCAGCGCUCCCGUCUGACGUUGCUGCCUACUUCAACGCGCUGUUGCACUCGCGGCUGCACGGCCCACCGAUCCGCUGCGGUCUCGCGAGUGGAAAGGGCAAAGCGAUGUUUGCUGCGAGAGCGCUUCAGGCUGGCGAACCCAUUUGGACCGAAGCUCCGUUUGUAGCCAUGCAGCACGAAGACAAUAAGGAGUUUGUCGACUGUUGCGACAAUUGCUUUGUGCCUCUGAUCGACAGCAAAGUCUGCUGGGCACGUGUCGUGGCGGACUGCCGCCCGCGAGGGGACGCCAAAGCAGUCUGUGCGGACAAGAUCGUGGCCAGCAACGCUGACUUUGAAGCAGCCAUUGCUUUCUUGCAGAAAGAAGGCGGCAAGAGCGCUUCCGAGAGCUAUUUCUCCGUGUUCAAGUUGGCCGAGACGCAGGUCCAUUGCAGCUGUGGAGUCGUCUAUUGCUCGGACAAUUGCAAACUGAUUGCGUACGCGCAACACCACGCGCUGCUGUGUCCCCACACGGAGGAGCGGGAUAAUGCGAUGGGGCGGUUCUUGAACCACACGCUCGUGACGAAUGAGAUUUUCCAGCUUGCAGCCAAGGUCGUGGCCAAGAUCCUGUUGCUCUUUGUAGCGACGCAGGACAUGGAGCAAGCUCGACAACCUGUUGACAUGUUUUGCAAGUUGCCGUGGUGGGAAGUCAUAACGUCGGAAGAAGAUUUAGAAGACGGAGAGACGCUAGAAGACUAUCGGGAUAAGUUUCGCUACCUGCUGACGCAGACGUACGACUUUUUCAUGCAUGGGCUGAACGAAAACUUAGUUCAUCUCGAGACGCUGGGAGAACUCCGCGGUCUCACGGCAGAUGCGGUCGUGGGCAUGUGCGACCAAGUCCUAAACGUCGACUUUUUUAGUCGCGUGGUCGGCAUGUUUGAGAUGAACAACAUUAGUAUGGAGAUCGACCAUCCGUUUCACGCGCUGAAUGAGGCGCUGAGCGAGGCGAGUCCGGAGGAGAAGAAGGAUAUGCCGCCGGUAUUAGCGCGCGUGAAAGCAGCGCUGGAAACAUUUGCAGAAAAGCAAAAAGAUAAGCUCCAAGAAUGCGACGAGGAGCAGGGAAGCCAAAGUGGUGAAGACGAAUGCAACGCGGUGAAUGACGACUUUGUGGGCGUGGAAGGCACCGCAUUGUUCUCAGGUAUCUGCACGAUGAACCAUAGCUGCGAUCCGAAUUGCACAGUGCUGUACACGAAAGACGGGGCUGCUCAUGUCUUCGCCGUGCAGGACAUUGCGGAGGGCGACGAGCUGUGCAUUUCAUACAUUGACGUGGACCAGGACGUAGACGAGCGGGAGGAACAUCUUCGCGAGUAUCAAUUUAUUUGCCAUUGUACCCGGUGCGAAGAAGAGCGAGCAGCGUAA